AUGGAAGUUUCUUUGAUCCUACGGAUUCCAUACCUUAUAUUUGAAGGAGACAGUCUGAUUCUUCGGUGCCAGGAAAAAAAUAACCACAGUUUGACCAAAGUGACAUAUUAUAAGAAUAGCAAAUCCUUCUCUGCUUUUAAUCAAAGUUCAGAUGUUGUUAUCCCACAAGCAAGUUUAAGUAACCGAAGUUCAUACCACUGCACUGCAUUUAAAAAUAUAGUAUGGAAGAAAUCGAAUGAAGUAACUCUGGACAUCCAUGAUCCUGGAGUCAUCUUACUGGGCCAGGCCAGGGCCCAAGAGCUCCAGAUCUCAAAAUUCUGGAUGGAAGACUCAGGGCUUUACUGGUGUAAGGUAGAAACCGUGUCUCUCUCAGUCUCCAAACAAAGUCGCCCAAUAAGGAUGAGUGUGAUGAGAAUUCUCAUUUCUGGAGUGCACAUGGAAGUGCAACCUCAUGGAGGGCAUAUAAUGGAAGGGCAGAAGCUGGUUCUCCUCUGUUCAGUAAUUGGAGGCUCAGGGACCAUCACAUUUUCAUGGCACAGAAAGGACACAGAAGCCAGUCUGGGGAAGAAGAUUCAGCACUCACUGGUAGCAGAAUUUGUAUUUUCUGCUGUGAGAGAGAGUGAUGCUGGGAAAUACUACUGCACAGCUGACAACAACAGUAGCCUUAUUCCCAGCCAUUCUGUGACCAUCACUGUGAGAAGGAAUGGAAAGGACUCACUCGCUGUAGGAAUCACCAUGGCCCUCAUCAGUGCUUUUGGUCUUACUGUUGUUCUUCUGAUUUACUUCAAGAAACAAAAGAAAUCAGAGACAUCUGUUGAUGGAGAUUUAGUCUAUUCAGAGGUCUGGAGUACACAGCAGGGAAAAGAAGAUGCAGCAGAUGCAUCAAAGAAGCCUCCAGAUGACAAGGACUGCUCAGUCACCUACUCUGUAGUGAAGAAGACAGAAACUCUAGGAGACUCAACUGGGAAUUCCAGUUGA